GUAACACUCGGAAAGUGAAGUUGGAUUGUUAAGAAGUUAAGUCUGAAAGAGGAAAAACGUAUUUUCCUGAGUUCAACUACAGAGAAUACGAUUAGGAAACAUUAAAGACAAACUCGAAAUGGCGAUUAGUGAUGCAGAUGCAGUGAGAAUAUUUCGUCAAAUUGCUAUGAGCCCGUUUGGUAAUAUAUUUCGGGCGCUGUUUCAAAAAGAAGUUAACGAUGUGUUUCAUUUGGGAGAACUCAUUCAGUUGACUUCCGAAGAAGAAAGGAUCGCCGCAGAAGCACGUGCAGACGCAAUUGAAUUGAUUGAAUUUAAGGAAAGGUUGAAAGUGCUGUUGGAGCUGUGUUUGUAUCUUAGUCUGAUACUUGAAACUUUAACAUCAAAGCAAACAAGAAGAAGCAAAGAAGAUAAAUGUAUUGUGCAUAUACUGCUUCUCCGAUCGGGAGUUGAGUCGAAUCCCGGCCCAAGGACAUGGAUUGGUGACAUAGAUGGAUGUCAAAAGCCUUCAAACGACGAUUUAAAUCAUCUGUCGAGUUGCAUUGGUAAUGGAAGAAGAUACUUGGGGGAAAGUCUGUGCUUGAGUCAAGCACAACUUGACCAUAUUGAACAUGACCACAAAGGCAUGCAAAAUCAAAUAUAUCACAUGCUGCGAAAAGGUACGAUGCCGCCAUUGGAAGCCAGUUUGAAAGAUAUUUUGAUGAUAAUAGACGAUGCUUCCACUAAAUAUGGUGACAUGAUUACAGUCGACUGGAAAGGCAUUGCUCUUAGAUUUGCAAACAUUGGUCAAGAACAACCCACAAUACAAAGGGAGGCGGAAGACGCUGUUUUGGCAAGAGUUGCUGAUGUCGAGAACAAAAUUGCCGCUUUGCAAAAUGAAGUCAUCAGUUUACGUGCAGAAAAUGAAGAACUAAAACGAGCACAGAAGAGAAACGCUGAAGAAGGGGAAACAUCGAGUGAAGUCAAAAGGUUAAAACAAGAAUAAACGUUGCAAACUUAAACAUGCUUGUUGCAAGAUGAAAAACUGAAACAAUACGAUAAUUGUAUUAUGUAACUUACAUACAUGUAAUUAUUUAUGAUGUGUAGCUAUCUUAUUUUGCUAUUGUUUUGACAACGACAGCUUUGUUGACAUAACAGAAACCAUUAUUGAUAAUUGUGUUUUUUUUAAUUUUAUUUUGGUCAUUGUUUAUUUGGUCAUCUUAUCAACAAGGGUUUUCUACAAUCUAUUUAGCAUCACCUUUGAUGUUUGGAGUGAUUUUUUUGAAAAAAAGAAAGGUCGAACUAGGUAUAUCUGAAUUGUGAAAUGCAAAACUAAUUGAAUAUCUGACACACGUUAAGUAUUCAUUUAUUUAAAUCUAACAACAUUUUUCUCAUGCCCGUCGGUAGUAUUGUCCCAAUCUGAACAUGCAUGUUAAUUUGUAUUCCUUAGAAGAAUAUAAUAUCGUUUUAAAUUUUCCAAACCUCUCAUUACAGUUUGACUAUUGUGAUUUAUGUAAAUAUAUCGGUUGUCCUAAAAUUCUCAUAGCAUUUUGACCUUUAUGGUGUAUGUAUGUGCUAUUAUACUAUAUAUAUAGUAUUGAGCUAACGAAGACAGUGUUAAGAAACAUGUACCGAUAUUGUGAAUAUAAAAACAAUAUAUUGUAAACAAUAUCGUUGACUGAUUAUAACGUUAGCAGUAGAGACAAAGGACUUGUGUAAAUAAAUGUAAAUAAUUAUUCAGUUCUAAAAAUAUAAAUAUAUUUCCUAUGCUUAAUUUUUAAAUAUACAGGUGUUGUUUUUUUUAUUUGCUAGAACUGAACUUUAUAAUAUUCCACGGGGAAUCGGAUUCAAUAAAUGUUAUAAAUUGUAUAUUCAUCAUUUUGUUCACAAUCGCACACUUAACUUUAUAUUGACAUAUGUACAAAGUGAAAUCAUUUUCUGAUUCAACCAUCUAAAACGUAAGUAAAUUCGUUUGCUAUCAAACUAAAAUUUAUAAUAUAUUAUACAAGGUUGCUCGUUAAAAUUCUAAUAACACAUAUAUGAGUUCAUGUCUGACGUGCAAAUUGGCAUCUACUUCUAUUCUGCAAAUGCUUAGAACUAGUUAAACCCGUAUAUUCAAGUGUUUAGAAAUAGUUUGCACUAUAUUAGUGUGUAUUAUAGUGUAUAAAUCCUCUUAGAGUGCACUCAUUAACACGUUCAAAAACUAACCAUCAACCCAUAUAUAUGAUCAAAACAAGUUGAAUUUAUGUUUUAUCACCACACAUGUUUCAUUUUGUAGCUUGAAUUAAAUAGGUCAAUGCAGUGAACUAGACCUGGAACUAAGCAAGGUUCGGUUUUCGGAAUCCGGUAAUAACUACCAAUAAUAGUUGACAUACGUAAUCGAUAUGUUACUGGAAUAUAUAGUUUGAUUUGUUAUGUUUUAAUGCAAUUAUAUAUAAUUUGGUAUGAAUUGUAUAACGAUUUCAACUAAAAUUGUCCAAAAAUAAUGUUGUAAAUAAUAUUUGACACUCUUUAGUAAUUUGAACACUCAAUAUUAUUCAACGCUAUUUAAUUAUCUAUAAAGACAAUAUUUUUUACUUGACACGUAAACAUUUUCUAUUUGUAUAUUAAAUAUAUAGCGGUGAAAGAUAUUGUUUGAAAUUCCAAUUUGUUUAUUAUUUUGACACGUAAACAUCAUUUAUAUUUAUUUAAUUUACAAUUCAAAGAAGUCAUAAAGCUGUAAUAUUGAAUUUGAUUUCAUAAUAAACUAUGUUUAUUUUUCACAACUUUGUAAUAUGCUAUGUAAG